UUAAAACGUGUCCCAAACUGAAUAGCGUCCGUUCAGGUGCGUGUCCUCUUACUGUAUAUAAAUAAGACAGCAUCCAAAUCCAAAUGUUCAUCCACACAGAGAUCAACAUCUGUGGCUUUAAAUCCAGUUUAUUUAUUGAAGAACUCAAUACUUAAAGCCCAAUCACAAUGCCUGGUUCUCUCCCCGCAAGUUAUUUGGCCAUUUGGCCCAAAGAUGUUGGCAUCAUUGCUAUGGAGGUCUACAUUCCCUCCAUGUAUGUAGACCAGACAGAACUGGAGGAGUUUGACGGUGUAGGAGCAGGGAAGUACACCAUCGGUCUCGGGCAAGCACGAAUGGGUUUCUGUUCAGACCGGGAGGACAUUAACUCGCUGUGUUUGACUGUGGUGCAACGGCUUAUGGAGAGGAACUGCUUGUCAUACGACAGUGUGGGAAGACUCGAAGUGGGCACAGAGACCAUUAUCGACAAGUCAAAGUCAGUGAAGACGGUAUUAAUGCAGCUAUUUGAGGAAUCGGGAAAUACAGACGUGGAGGGUAUCGACACGACUAAUGCUUGCUAUGGAGGCACUGCUGCUCUUUUUAAUGCUGUCAACUGGGUAGAGUCCAGCUCCUGGGAUGGUCGUUAUGCUUUGGUUGUGGCUGGAGAUAUCGCUGUGUAUGCCACAGGCAGUGCAAGGCCUACAGGAGGCGCUGGAGCAGUGGCCAUGUUGGUAGGGCCCAAUGCACCUCUGGCAUUUGACAGAGGACUACGCGGUACCCAUAUGCAGCAUGCAUAUGAUUUUUAUAAGCCUGAUAUGGUGUCUGAGUAUCCUGUAGUGGAUGGCAAGCUCUCCAUCCAGUGCUACCUCAGUGCCUUGGACAGAUGUUAUACUGUCUACCGCAAUAAAAUUCAGGCUCAAUGGCAAAGAGAGGGCAUUGAGAGAAAUUUCAGUCUGAAUGACUUUGGCUACAUGGUCUUCCACUCCCCCUAUUGUAAACUGGUUCAGAAGUCUCUGGCUCGACUCCUGCUGAACGACUUCCUGUCUCAUCCCAACCCUGACAUGGAGAGUGGGCCGUUCGUAGGCCUGGAGGCCUUCAGGGACGUGAAGGCCGAGGACACCUACUUUGACCGCGAUGUGGAGAAGGCCUUCAUGAAAGCCAGUGCAGAGAUGUUUGAGAUGAAAACCAAGGCCUCCCUUCUCAUAUCCAAUCAGAAUGGCAACAUGUACACACCAUCUGUGUAUGGCUGUCUGGCUUCCAUUCUAGCACAAUUUACACCUCAGCAGAUGGCAGGUCAGAGAAUUGGCUUGUUCUCAUACGGAUCAGGCUUCGCUGCCUCACUAUACUCGAUCACAGUGACCCAAGAUGCUACACCUGGUUCUUCAUUAGAUAAACUGGUUUCCAGUCUGUCAGAUUUGCAGGCCCGACUGGACUCCAGGAAGAAGGUUCCGCCUGCCGUCUUUGCGGACAACAUGAAGCUUAGGGAAGAGACCCAUCACUUGGCAAACUACAUCCCCAAGGGUUCAGUGGACGAGCUGUUUCCAGGAACAUGGUAUCUAACGCGAGUGGAUGAGAAAUAUCGCAGGUAUUACGCUAGACGUUCUCUGGAUGAACACAGACCUCUGGAGGCAGCACUUCUAAAUUCCGUGACCGCAUCUGAGCACAUCCCCAGCCCGGUGAAGAAGAUGCCCCGCAUCCCAGCCACCUCUGCUACCCCUGAGGCUGUCAUCAUUACUAAUGGGGAACAUUGACGUUAACCUCAGUGAGGUUGCACGUACUUUAGGUAACAAUAAGGAGAAAGAGGUCAAGGCAGAGCUUUCUGUCGUAGUCUUGAGAAAUAUUUAUAAAGAAGGAUAGAGUUUUUAAGUGUUCCUGGUUAGGACUGGUUAUUCUGUCACGCUUGAAGCUGUAAUUAUUUAGACGUCGGUGGGGUAAGUGAAUGCGGGGAAGUUGGGUAGUACCAUUAUGUCGAAUAAGGACAUGCUUUCUCCAAGACAUGAGCACAAUGUGGCAAACGACAUGCCUGCUGCUCAGAACCUAUUAUCUAUGCACAAACAAACGGGAAUGUUUUCAAAUAAUCCUCAGUCUGAUUUCACAUCAGGUUUUUUUGUUUUUUGUUUUCUUCUUCUUCAAGAUCUCUAGCUUGUGUUAAUUGGAAAUGUUUGAGGGGGAGAUGGUAAGAAUCUCAGGCCCAGCUAUGUAAGGGUGGGAGUUAAGGGAUGUUAGCCUUUUAUUUGUUUCUCAUGCUGUUUGUCAGUAAGCAAUACUGCCUCUUUUUUACCCCCACACUUCUUUCUAUAUGGAUGCACAUGUAGAUGUUUUUAUUUUACUAGCCCAUAAGUGUAGUCCAUUGUGUGACACCAUGACCACUGUUGAAUCAGUACAGCUGAGACAACUGAAAAUUCACCCUAAUUUUCUCUACAAUUAUAGUCUUUUCCACCUGCUAUCUUGAGAUCUCCCUUAUUAAAUAACUGCUACUAACCUGGGAGGCUACUUUCUCUGUCACCACACCUUUCUCUGCUGGUUAGUAAUGUGCAUGUGCAAUUUUUCAUGGGAGUCAUAGUCAGUUUUGCAGCAAGAUUGUGAUAUGUGACCAAGAAGUUUUUCUGUAUUUAUAUAAAUUUAGCCUUUAAGUAACGAAGGUCAUAAUGUCUGCUGUAUCUGUAUAAAGGUAACACUUCCGUUAUGUGAACUGAGGACAAAUGCAGUUCAUGUGAUUAGAGUAAAAUAGGGCAUUGUUUACUGAUCACCAGAGUAUAACUAAAAGUAACAGAAGUUGUUUAGUAGAUGUAACUGCACUAUUUGUUUUUAACACAUGGGACCAGGAAAGCAGGGAAGGAUUAAGGGAAAGAGAGAUGGACUGAUCUAUAUAUCAGGCUCAGUGAAGUUGAGAAACUUGCAUACUUUUGUCUAUUUUAUUCUGUCUAUUCUUGAGUCCCUUAACUUUGGGUGUGCUAAACUUAAAUGGUAUAUCAUAGUGUGUCUGGGAUCAUUCUAACACUGCAGGCAGGUUUUUAUUUGAUGAAACUGAAUAUUAAAAGAACACGUAUUUCCGCUGUACACCAGGGCCUGACUUAUGAUGUCAAAAUGCACUUUCAAUACAAGUAAAUAACAUUGUGAACAAACAUUUCUUUUAAACCAUUCAUGUGACAUCACAUUCACAUUUCUCUGCAGAACAUUCAAAGAGAUAUUAUUAGCAUGAUUUUUACACAUAACAGUGAAAGCUGUUCGUUGGACUCUAGCUUACCCAACAGUAUCAUUUUCCUCUUUCCCAAAUGGCAAUGUACAUAAAGCGCUUAAUUUGACCAGUAAUAAUAAAUAUAAAAUGCCAAUCCCUCUGGCUCAUUAGAAUCACUUUAGAUUUGCAUUUCAUUGAGAUUGGAAAUUAUGUGGAAAUUGUAUGGUGUCACUUAAAGAAAACAAAGCAAAAAAUCUGAACAAUGUAAAAUACAGCUAAAUAUACAAUCUUUAAGGGGGGAAAAGGGUAUUAAACUGCACCUUUCCUGCUGUCCACCUUUUAUAUAUAUGUAAAAUUACCUACAAACUGUACCUUUUAAAAGAUUACUUAUCUUUAUUUUACAGUUAAAAAGAUCUAUGGUACAUCUAGUAGUAAAGAUUUACAAGUGCUAUAUACUUGUACUUUUACAAGCACUAUAUACAUCUCUUUCUUUUUUAAAAUAUAUAUAAAUACACACACAAACGGUUGAAAAGAAUGAUGCAGUGUAGUACCCUUUUUUCUGAGUAUAUGUGUAUAUAUAUAUUGCAGCUAGAAACGGCUGAUGUUUACAACAUUUCUCUGUGAUCAGUUACUUCUACCGAUUUUGGUGAGUAAUUUACAGUACAAGCCGUGAAUUUAUGUAUAUUUGUAAAUGCGCAAGAAAAGGUAUCUGAUUUGGCAGAACUUUAUUUGGCAGAAAACAAGCUUUAUAAAAAAGAUGUCAUCUAUGUAAGUAUGUAUGAAAUUAAAUGAAAAUAAAUCUUUUGAUUCA